AUGUUAGAUUAUAGGUUUAACUGUCCAGAAAGAUGUUUAUGUAUACCGGAUGCACUGGAGAUUGAAAAAAUUAAUAUCAAUUGUAGAUGGGAAAAAAUAACCCAAGAAUAUAUAAAUACAUUACCCGCAAAUGUAACAAAAUCAUUAAGUAUCUAUUGUCAUAAUAUUUAUUCAUCACCAACAUACUUUGAAAAAGAAAAUAAUAAAAAUAAGAAUAUAUUUAAUAGGCAGGUGGAAUUUUUAAGAUCUCGUAAAGGUCCAUUUGAAUUAUUUACCAAAUUAAGAGAUCUUCGUAUUAAUAAUUGUAGUAUAGUAACAUCAUCAAAUACAUUGUCUGGUGAAUUAUUUUAUGGACUUGAAUCAUUAAGAAAUUUAUAUCUUGAUCAUGUAAAUAAUCCUAAUACCCAUCUUCCAGUAUCUAUUGAGUCGGGUUUUUUAAAAGAAAUUAGUCAACUGGAAAAAUUUUCACUGACCCAGUCGAAUGUUGUAUCAUUUAGUGUUGGAGAACUAUGUAAUGUCGGUAGAUUACAAAUAUUAAAUGUUAGUCAUAAUUUGUUAGAAGAUCCCAGUCUUGGUACUGAAGCAUGCCUAACAUUAAAACAUUUGGCUAUCCUUGACAUGAAUGGAAAUAAAAUUAAAGAAAUUAAGAAUCAAGAUUUUAGUUCAUUUUUCUCUGUCCAACAAUUAAUACUUUCAAAUAAUUUAAUAGAAAAAAUUGAAAAAUAUGUUUUUAAAAAUAUUCCAUUACUUCAACAUUUAGAAAUCCAUAAUAAUCAAUUAAGAGAAAUUCCAGAAUUAGGUGAAAAACUUUUACACCUCAAUUUAGCUUAUAACAAAAUUCAAAAAUUACCUUUUAGUGUUGGGGAGUUAAAAGAAAUAAUUUCUCUUAAUUUAAGUUCUAAUAUGUUAAUUGAUAAUAUGAAAGAAAAAUAUGGAGUUUAUUUGAAGGGAAAAAAAAUUGAAAAUUUAGAUUUAAGUGGAAAUAAAUUUACUAAAAUACCAUUUGAAAUAUUUGAGGAAUCUUUUGAAAUGUUGACAACACUUGAUGUUAGCAGAAAUAAUAUUAGAAAUAUAAAUAGUUUUGGUAAUAUGACACAUUUACAAUCUUUUGACCUCUCACAUAACAAAAUUGAGGAAUUAAAAAGUAAUUCAAUAGAUAAAUGUAAUAUGCUUCAAGAUAUAAUUUUAACAAAUAAUAGUAUACAUAAAAUUUCACCAACAUUUUUUGAUGGUCAAAAAGAAUCAUUAAUAUCAUUGGAUUUAUCUUUAAAUUUACUUCUUGAAGUUCCGAUAUCUAUAUCAAAUCUCAAUAGAAUAAAAUAUAUCAAUGUUUCACAUAACCAAAUAACAAACAUUCCCCUUUUAACACUUUCAAAGUUAGGACAUUUGACAUCUUUUGACACUAGUUACAAUCGCCUCUCAUCAAUAGACUCAUUUAUUUUUUCAAAUUGUAGAAAACUUAAAAGACUUUAUUUAAAAAAUAAUCGAAUUACCCAACUAAGUAAGGAUGCCUUCAAAGAUAGUAAUUCUUUAAGUAUUUUGGAUAUCUCAAAUAAUUAUCUUGAUAAUUUUGGUCCUGAUGGUGGGGCUAUUGAGAAGUUAAAAAAUUUAAGAACACUUGAUUUUAGUAAUAAUUUAAUUGAAAUAUUAAAUUGGAAUGAAAUUCCACCAUUAUUACAUGAUUUAAAUUUGGAGGGAAAUCGUAUUGUUAUGUUAUCAAUUGUUGAUAGUACCAAGAUUAAUGUUAAAAAAAUUAAUUUAAAAAAUAAUAGAUUAUUAUUAAUUAAUGGGGAUAGGUUUCCGAAGACAAUUGAAGAAAUUGACUUGGGAUAUAAUCUUUUAAAAAUUAUAUCCUCAAGGACAUUUGUUAAAUUACCUAAUCUUAAACUUCUUAAUUUGAAGGGUAAUCAUAUUGAGGAGUUAAGUGAGGAUGCUUUUAUUGGAAGUGAAGAAGAGAAUAGGCAACAUUUAUUAGGUGCACUAAAAUUAUAUAUAGGAGAAAAUCCAUUAAAAUGUUCCUGUAAAAUGACAUGGAUCUUAAAAUAUAUUGUUGAAGUUCCAUUUGAUAUUGAUAGUGAUUUAUAUUAUAUGCAAAAUGUCAUACCAAUACAAAUAGCUGAUGCUUCUGGUGCAGCAUGUUUUAGUUUAUCAGGUGGUCAUUCAAUAACAUUAUCAAAAAUUACAAAAGAAAAUUUAGUUUGCCCAUAUGCAGCUGUCUGUGAACCAGAAUGUGUUUGUUGUGACUAUGGAAAUUGUGACUGUAACUCAAAAUGUCCUGAUGGUUGUAGUUGUUAUCAUUCUCAAGACUUUUCAACAAAUAUUGUUACAUGUAACUCAAAGAAUGCCUCAGCAUUAAGAAGUUUCUCACCAAAAGAUAUUCCUGUACAUGCUACACAUGUUUAUUUAAAAAAUUUAAUGUUACCAGUCCUGAGGAGUCAUGAUUUUUUGGCAAGAUUUAGAUUAAAAGAACUUUCUAUUACUGAAUCUGGAAUUAAAAGAGUUGAAAAAAGUGCAUUUAAUACACUUGUAAAUUUAGAAAGUUUAGAUUUAUCUGAUAAUUUAUUGGAGGAAUUUGAUAGUGAAUCAUUACCUAAAGCACAUAAAUUGAGAAAAAUUUAUUUAUCCAAAAAUGAGAUAAGGAAAAUUGAUCCAAAUUUAGUUAAUACAUUACCACAAUUAAAUGAAUUAUCAUUAGAAAAUAAUCAAUUCACUGAUUUACCAUAUCUUUUAGAGGAUCUUUCAAAUAAAAAACGUCUACAACGUGUCUCAAUUUCAAAUAAUCCAUUUCGAUGUGAUUGUAAUCAACGUUUCAAGAUGCAAUAUUGGUUGGUAAAUAAUCAACAUCAUGUUAGUGAUUAUAGUAAAAUAAAUUGUGUUGAAAAUGUUACUAAAGCAUUUAGGCAUAAUGAUACAACUAUCUUAACAUCAUAUUCACCUAAUUUUGGUAGUGAUUUAUUUAUUAUACCAAUGAUGCAAUUUAUGGCUGAAGUUAAUAAAUCAAUUUGUGUUGAUAAAAAUAUUAGAUGGUUUAGUGGGAUGAAUAUUUUAGAUUCACAAUUACUUUUAAUAAUAUUAAUUAUACUUUUUAUUGGUAUUUGUUUAGCUAUAUUUUGUUUUUGUUUAUCAUUAUUAACAAGAAAUCGUAGGUGUAUUGAUAAGAAAGGAUAUAAAAAAGGGACAAUGUCAUUAAAUUGUUCCACAACAUCACCUCAAUCAGGAUGUUCACCAUUACCUCCAUCAACAUUAUUAUGGUCUCAGGGGCAAAGUUUAUUGUAUUUUGAUCUUUUUGUUAGUUAUUCAAAAGCUGAUGAAAUUAUGGUAUGUAAAACAUUAUGUGGACCAUUAGAUGAUGAUGAGUAUACGAUGGCACUCCUUCAUAGAGAUGGACCACGAUAUAAUGGAAAUGUACAUCAAAUAAGUGAUGAACUUAAUAGACUCCUAGAAUGUAGUCAAACAUUAUUAUUAGUUUUAACAAAAAAUUUUAUACAAUAUGAAUGGAAUAUGCUCCAAAUUAAGACAUCACAUCAAUUAUUUUUUACACAAUCACUCUCAAAAUCUAAACGUGUUAUAGCUGUACUUGAUGAAGAUGUUACAUUGAAUGAUUUAGAUGAGGAGUUGGGGCAAAUUUUAAGAAAAUCAACAUACAUUAGAAUGAGAGAUCCAUUAUUUUGGAAUCUUUUUCGUAGUGCAUUACCAUCACGUUCAGGAAUUGGGCGGAUGGUUGGUAGUCCAACUCCACUCUCUGAUUGUUCAUCCUCACAACACUAUUCUGAUAUGUAUGGAACAAAUACUUCAACUACUGGUAGUGUACCUAGUCAUUUAAUUUAG